AUGUCCAGCAGUGACAUCAGCUCAGAGCUGGCAGAAACAAGUGGGGCCCAGACAGUUAGAGGAAGCAAACAAGAACGAAAAACAGACAGAGGACCAGAGGAGCCCCAGCAUGAGCUUCGACUGAUGCUGGUGGGUAAGACUGGAGUAGGAAAGAGUGCCUCAGGAAACACCAUCCUGGGAGAAGAGUUCUUCAGAGCUGAGUUGUCUCCUGAAUCUUUGACUAACAGUUGUAGCUCAAUGACCAAAGUCAUGGAAGGAUUUAGAGUCACUGUGAUUGACACUCCAGGGGUCAAUGACACGUGGCUGACAUCAGAUCCGACAGGCGAGAAUCCAUAUGACUGUAUCUCCAGCGUUGUUUAUUAUCCUCAUGUAUUCCUGGUGGUGCUCAGACUGCCAGCUAUGAUGGCAGAGUUAACUCGUAUUGGGAAUGCCAUGGUUGCACGCCCAUGGCUGACUAUCGAGAGCCACUGCAUGCAUGGCUGCAAUGGCAUCGUCAUAAGGGCUGGGUCGUCCUGGUCAAAUCCAUCGAAGAAGUUCACUGUGAUCCUGUUCACUGGUGGAGAUCAGCCUCGGGACAAACCUGCAGAGAAAGUAAUCAGUGAAAGUAGUGAGCUUACGAAGCUCGUAGAGAUGUGCGAAGGUAGAUAUCAUGUUUUCAACAACACUGAAAGGGGAAACCACAAUCAAGUCACCGAGUUAUCUGAAAAGAUUAAUAAAAUGCUGUAUGACGGUCUUGGCUAUAAAUCUACCAAAGAGAUUUGCCAGAAGGUUGUGCAGUACACCAGAGAGCAGGUGGAGAGGAAGAGGGACGAGACAGAAAAAGAGAUGAACAUAGAGGUGCAAAAGCAGCUGAAUAAGAUGGCAAUUAAGUUAAGAGAUGAGCAAUAUGAAAACACAAAACAGAGGAGAAAGUUAGAGGACGCAGAUACAUGA